UUUUUUAGCAAAUAGCACAUGUAAGGCUUUUCUGAGAAAAACGAAUACAAAUUUUUCAAGUCAACAAAAAUUUCUCGAAAUGGUUGGUCCAUUUAGAAAACCUAAAGUUCCACGACCCAGACGGCAGCGUAGAGCUUUGGUACUUCCCCAAGCACCUGGACAGAGAAACAGGCGGCCCCGUUUAAAUUCUUUGAACGCAAAUAACUCUCAAAGAGUCCUGCAAUCGCCGCUUACUUCUGGUGGAAACUCGCCUGAAAAUCGACGUCGAGAGCAAAAUGCCAGGAGGAAUCGUCAACGUAGAGCCCGAAAUCGUAGGUCCGGUUUAUUAACGCAAGUCGAGAACCAGUCUGCUCCACCGCGGAUUGGAUUAUUCGAAAUGAAUACAUUGCUUCAAAGAAUUCUGCAACAAGGCGAUGAUUUUGUGCGACAAAUAAUGCAAUGCCCUUUUUUUCGCAAUUCAUCUCGGAUUUGAGAAACCGUGCUUCUUCGAACCCCGCUUCCGUGGUACGAUUGAGUCCUUCUUUACGUCACAUUCUUCUUAUCCCGAGUCGAAUUGAUGCUUUAAUUCAACCCGAGCAAAGUUUGUUGCGAGAAUCUCAGGUUGCCAAUGACAGUGUUCAAGUUCAAAAUGCACAGGAAGGUGUUCCAAAUGCAAAUGAAAAUUCCUGUUAUGAAAAUCUGGAUAAGAAAAUUCAGGGUGCCAAUGAAUUAAGCCCUGAUAAUAUCAAAAAUGGGAGUGAUCAAAAUCAAGAUAUUCAGGAUGCAAGUAAUCAAAGUCAAAAUACGGAAGUUAAUGAAGGCAAUGAAUGUGGCAAUAACCUAAUUUUGCACCAAGAUAUUCGGUAUACAAGUACUUCAAAUCCAAACCAGGAAAGACAGGAUACGAGAGUUAAUGAUGCCAACGAAAAUGGCAAUGGUCAAAGCCUUAACCAGGAUAUUCAGAAUGCAAGCAGUUCAAAUCCAGAUCAGGAAGUUAAUGCAGACAAUGAAAAUCGCAGUGGUCAAAAUCUAAAUCGGGAUAUCCAGUAUGCAAGUUCAAACCCAGAUCAAGAAGUAAACGCAGGCAAUGUAAAUAGCAUUAAUCAAAAUCAGUAUCAGGAAGCCCAAGAAGCCAAUAAAAAUGGCAAUGAUGCAAAUCCGGAAAACAACGAUGACAAAAAUGACCCAUGAAUUCUUUAUUCAAGCUAAUCUAGAUAAGUUUGAUAAGCGAAGAUAUACUUGUACUUUCUAGAUUUGUAAAAUUUGUAUGUCAUUAAAGCGUAUUUUCCCACUGGGUUUUAUAAAACA